GUUAUGGUCCAAUCAUUCAAAAACCGACCAACCCAUUGCAGUCUCCAUUUCCUAUCGUGUCACAUUGAUGGGACACGCUGAGAAUUUCAAGAACACAGCAUAGCAACAAUAAGCGUCGAUUGGAACAGAAAAAAAUACACUAUGUCGUCUACCCCCGAGAACAGCAGCACCAAUCCAAAAACACCGCCCAAAACAAUGGGAUGGGCGGCAACUUUGUUCGGAUCUACUUGGCUCUCGAGCAAAAAGUCAAGCCGCGUUGAUUCUAGUACAAACUCUACGGCGUCAAAAUUGCAGCAACGGGAGAAGCGAGUUUCAGCAUCACCAAGACCGUUUCAAAACCUCGAAGGAUUCAACAACGUUCAAUCUCCCGAGCAACCAAAUUUUACAACUCCCACUACCGGGUCAGAUGUCAAGCCCCCUGGAGCCACCACCAUGCUUCUAGCGUCGCAGCAGCAAAUUGUGUCGACGGCAUCGGAAUCCGCGGCACCGGCUAAAUCUCCUUGGAAGGGAUCUUCCAAUGGUAUACAAUUUUCAGCAGGUGACCUUCACGCGAGAAGCAAUACGAGCAGUCGYGGGAGCAACUACGGGAAACGUAACAACAAUUUUUCCAUGUCAACCACUACUAAAGUUACUCGUGCCGCUCGGCCGCAAAGACGCAGAGGUUAUAAUCCUAGCAGACUGUUGACAAUAAACAGAAGGAGAAAUAACGCGCCGCCAAACAGAGCAGACAUCGCUAAGCUAUUGUCGAAUGCGCGUUCUACUAUUGAGCCUUCGAGCCGAAUGAUCGAAGCUGAUAGUAACUUCCGCACUUCCAUCACAAGGAUCAGACCGGGGAGACGACUGCUUCCAGCGGGGCGACAAGGAGUUACUGGAAGAGUGGUACAGCAAUUGGGAUCCGAUACUACCAGUUCUCAAUUUCGAAUCAACGGGAAACGAGCAAUGGACUGUGUGGAUCGGGACGAUAAAGACGACGAGCCGGAUACCAAAGAAGUAUCGAAAAAAAAGAGGAGAGUCAACUUCGGUCGAGAGGAUGAGAAAUCAACCGCGCCCAUUGAAAGUCUUGUAUCUACCCCAGCAAAGGAUACAAAUAAAGCAAGGGCAUCAAAACGCAAAGCGACGCCUCACCACAAGAAGCCGACAGCUUUCGGAAUCGGGAAUGACGAAGGAAACAAGGGUAAUGUCGAUGGCGAGGAUGAAGAGAUGGCUAAUCCUGCGUCUGCGCCGCCACCAAAACGUGAAUUGCGCAAAGCGAAGCGCCCUACUUCCUCCAAAAAGUCCGAAACAAAAACAGCUCACGACUUCCCAAUCAUGUCAGACACGAGAAAAAUUGUUGGUGGUGACUUUACUGCCUGGAGCACAGCCCAAGAGCGAGAAUUCUCGGGGGCACAAGCUGUUGUGGGAUCUCAAAGAGUACCGCUCUGGUGCUCGGGAGAUCUAGAUCUKYCAAAAGCAGACAUUAUUUCCUCAGUUUCGUCACCGCUAAGUCCUCCGCCCCAAUUUAAACAAAAACCUUUAUUUGAGGGGAAGAAGAAGGAUAGGACGGUGAUCGACGAUGACGACGACGAAGAGGAAACAGAACAAGCAAUAAAGCGAGUCAAACCUGACAAGUGGGAAUGUCCCGAGUGCGGGUUCAAAAAUGAUGACGAAGAUUCAAAUUGCCAAAAUAUGAUUUAUGAUGACAAAUUGAACAAGAAAAGAAAAUGUGGAGCCUGUAGGUCCAAGGAAGUGAAAGCUGAAGGGUGGGGAAAUCUUUUCGCUAAUUUUGCGCACUUGCGGGAUCCGGGAAAUAUGAUACGGUGCUCUAAUUGUGGAGUUUACAACAAAAAAGACAGAGAUACAUGCGAAUCUUGCGAAGCAAGUCUUGGAAAUAGUGAUGCAAAUCCUUCGGUCCCUGCUACCAAAUUCAACGUACCUGGAUCCAUUGGCAGCGACGGCUCCUUUUUGAAUGGUAAGGGGGCGACCACUUCUGCUCCUUCCAGUGGUUCGAUACAAUCCACCGGAUUCUCAUUUCCAACAUCUGCACCUACUCAAUCUAGCGCUGCAAUUAGUGGAAAAAAUGUGGUCAGUGGUUUUAAAUUUGCCGCUCCAUCUGCAUCAACCGAUACAAGUGUGACAACCACUAAAGCAGGAGGAUUUAAGUUUGGUGCUCCUUCAGAACCUGCAGCAUCGGCGUCUACUUCUAAAACAUCGACAGGGGGAUUCCAGYUUGGUAGUGCGCCUGCCCCAUCACCCUCUUUGCCAAGCGCAAAACCCACAGCCAAAGCGGGUGGAUUUCAAUUUGGUAGUGCGCCGACCCCUGCACCGUCUCCAUCGGUUUCAGAAACAAAAACGGGUGGAUUUCAAUUUGGUAGUGCGUCCGCCCCAGCAGCAUCUCCAUCAGUUUCAGCCACAAAAACGGGUGGAUUUCAAUUUGGUAGCUCGUCUGCUCCGGCACCAGCAAAAACAACUACAGUAGAUCCCUCCUCUAAAUCAGACUCUGGAGCUAGUUCCACGGCACCCCCAAAGUUUUCUUUUGGAGCAAGCAAGAAUGUAACUCCAGCUUCCGAGCAAGCACCUGACCAAAAGAGGAAAAWAGACAGCGGUGGUAGCGUUCCGUUGAAGGAAAACCAGCAAAAAGUACCAACUUUUUCYUUCGGCAACAGCUCUUCGACAACUGCGUCCGCAGCACCAGCUCCUGCCUCAGGAUUCAGUUUUGGUAAAAGCUCUGAAUCAACAUCAARCGCCACAACCUCAGCCACAACUCCUGGAUUCACAUUUGGCUCGACUACCAAACCAUCGACCGAAUCAAGCAUUGCCGCAGUCCCUCCACUUGGGAGCGUGUCUACCGAUGGCAAUGAUAGCGAUAGCAAAAAGAAAAAGCGUCGAAGUGUAGGUGACUCAGAUGCAACAUCAUCAAUCCAAACAGCCCCAACACCGAAGUUUUCAUUUGGUAGUUCUACCCCGGCACCUGCAGCACCGCCACCCGCUCCAGCUCCGGCGCCGUUUACUUUUGGGAAGCCGUCAGUAGACUCGAGCAGCCAGGCGACUUCAUCGGAUAAAGCUCCUGGGUUUGGAUCAAGCGCAGCUGCCGCCCCAGCACCCAGUUCGGCACCAAGCUUUGGCUCUAGCUCAACACCGGCACCAGCACCGGCACCAGUGGCACCUUUUUCCUUCGGGUCUACGCCUGCGCCAGCUGCACCGCCGACCAAUAGCUUUGGUUCUGCUACAGCACCGGCGCCUAGCUUCGGGUCUACUCCAGCACCGGCACCGAGCUUUGGUGCUACACCAGCACCUGCUGCACCAUUUUCCUUUGGUUCGACGCCGGCGCCUGCACCAGCUGUUGCAGUACCUUCAUUUGGUUCGAAUGCACCUGCUCCUGCUACCUUUGGUUCCACACCUGCUCCAGCUACUAGUUCUGGCUUUGGAUCUACGCCUGCGCCUUCCAACGCUAUGAAUUUUGGCUCUACAACACCUGCUCCGGUCCCUUUUGGUUCCGCCUCUGUUCCAGCUCCUACUUCUGGCUUUGGAUCUACGCCCGCGCCUUCCAAUACUAUGAAUUUUGGCUCUUCUACGCCUGCCCAAGCCCCUCCUGCAUUCGGUGCCACGCCAGCAGCACCCGCUGCCCCGUUUGGGACAUCUGCUCCGAUGGGAUUUGGGUCUUCUGCACCUGCUCCCGCUCCGUUUGGUUCGACACCCGCCGGUCCGUCACAGCCUUUUGGGAAUAGUGCCCCUACUUUUGGUUCUGCUCAACCGCCUGCCGGUGCUCCUCCAGCUAUGUCGUUUGGUGCAUCGGCAGCGCCGGCGCAACCCAGUGGAUUUGGUGGUGGUGGCGGCUUCGGUCAAACACCACCACCGCAACAAAACGGAGGGUUUAGCAUUGGCUCUGGGGCCCCCCGUUCGAACGCCCGCCGGGGUCGCCGAAUCGUCAGAGCCAGGAGACCGAAGUAGGUUGGAUCAGUAAGUACAAUUGUGCAUAAUGCGCGGUCGUGCUGGGACGCCCUUAUUGGUGGCGGAUUUCUCGCGGGACCGGACGAGCUCGUUCCCGAAAGUGCAAUACGGCCGCACGGUAAACCACCCUCGCCCACAAGGUUGGCGAAAGGCGCGGCUUGCACCUCUCGAUGGAACCCCUCCACCCGAAAUAAUUGUAUUAGACAAGC